AUGGCGAAAUUCGGGCUGUGCACUUCGUUGUUGGUGCUCGUCGUGGCCGCCCUAGCUGGCAUGUGCGGAUGGAGUCAGCAGAACCCUCGGGUACUAUGGUAUCGUGUGUCCACUUCUGCCAAGGCGCUGCAUGCGUUAUACACUUUGCCGCAGGAGCACGUGGAUACAUUCUUGAAGUCAUAUGAGCUGUUCGACAAGGAGAACUACACGGGGAACGAGGACGGGGAGAACAUUAAGGGCUACUACCAGGUAAUAAACCAUCUAUGUGCUGUUGGUGAGGUGGAGAAGAUGUACAUUCCCCCCGUCAUGGACCUGAGCCUCGGAGUAUUUGGCAACCAGUUGCUCUGGGAGGAGAAAGGCAUGGCUGACAAGCUCGACGUCGGUGCAGGAAAGCGAGUCCUUGAUGUAGGCUGCGGCCGAGGACGCAUUGCGCAUCACGUCGCAAGCUACACGGGGGCCACGGUAGUGGGUCUUAACAUCGACAAGACGCAGAUACGGAUGGCAGAGGAGCAUGCCAAGGCCGACGGCAUGCUCGGAUCCCAACUCGAGUUUGUGGAGGGAAACUACAAUGACCCUCUGCCCUUCACGAACGAGUCGUUCGACGCGCUCUACCACGUGCAGGCGCUCACGUACGUCCAGGAUCUGGACAGGCUGCUCGUCGAGAUGUUCCGGAUACUGAAGCCGGGCGCCAAGCUGUCCUUCCUCGACUGGUUCAAGCUCGACAACUACCGGCCGGACGACCCGCACCACCGCCACCUGCUGAAGGAGACUAAGGCGGUCAUCGGCGCGGUGCGCACUCCCUCCCCGGAGGAGUACACCGCGGCCCUGGAGCGGGCCGGCUUCCGGGUGCUCUCCAGCGCGGAGGCCAGCACGGACGGCGGCCACCAGUGGCCCCUGGUGAAGCAGAUGGAGCGGUACUUCGUGGCCGCGGAGGCCGUGGUCUCCUUCCUGACCGAUUGGAAGGUCAUCCCCGGCCACCUGAAGAUUCUGCUGGGGCGGCUCAACGAGGGUGGCGCGUCGUUCGUGGAGUCGGACAAGCUUAGACUCUUCACCACCAGCUGGCAGAUCGUGGCUCAGAAGCCGGCAUGA